AUGGCUGACGCUCAAUUCGACAGUGCGCUGGACCUGCUCCGGCGCCUCAACCCCCGCGAUACGAAGCAAAACCUCCAGGCAAUCACCUCCAUCGUCCCCGAUCUGACCGAGGACCUCCUCUCUUCUGUCGAUCAGCCCCUAGAGAUCCGCAAGUGCCCCAAGACAGACCGCGACUACCUCCUCUGUGACUACAACCGCGACGGAGAUAGCUACCGGUCGCCCUGGAGCAAUGAGUUCGACCCCCCGCUGGAAGAUGGAACCGUGCCCAGUGAGAGAGUGAGAAAGCUCGAGGUUGCCGCCAAUGAGGCAUUCGAUGUCUACCGUGAGCUGUACUACGAGGGUGGAGUAGGCAGCGUGUACUUUUGGGACUUGGACGAUGGAUUCGCCGGUGUUAUAUUGUUGAAGAAGGGAGUUACGCCAGGUGCUAAAAGCUCUGGAGAAUGGGACAGUAUCCACGUCUUCGAGGCUACCGACAGAGCGCGCAUGUCCCACUACAAGCUGACUAGCACCGUGAUCCUGCACUUGGCCAAUGAAUCCGAGUCCUUGGGUGAGAUGGACCUGAGCGGCAACAUGACCCGUCAGGUGGAGGUGGAUCUGCCCGUCGAGUCGGAUGCAAGCCACGUCGCCAAUGUUGGUCGACUUGUCGAGGACAUGGAGUUGAAGAUGAGGAACUUGCUGCAGGAGGUAUACUUCGGCAAGGCUAAGGAUGUUGUGGGUGAACUUCGGAGUCUCCCCUCCUUGUCCGAGUCGAACAGAGAUCGGGCUACCCACCUGGAGAUGAUCCGGUCUAUGCACAGCUAG